AUUCCUCUCUCUGUAAAGACUCCCGAUUUAAAGCUUCGACAGACAGAAGAAAAGAAAACUCGUAGCAUAAAAAAUCAAAAUAAAAAUAAAAAACCAAACCCAACAACUCCAACAGAGGAGCUUUGGCGUUUGUCCCCCCCCCCUCUCUCUCUGAAUUUCCGUAGAGCAUAACGGAGCUGACCAGAUCUCAUUUCAUCAGGCCGGAAUUCAAUUUUUUUCUUCUUUUCUCCACCUCAUCGGACCGGAUCUCAUCUUUUCUCGUUUUUGAUUUACGUAAGGAUUAAGAUUAAGAUUGGCAUUGCCGUUCUUCAACUAUUCUGCUGAUAAUGAAGAAGGUCUUUGGUCAAACUGUCAGGGACUUCAAGAGAGAGGUUAAUAAGAAAGUUCUCAAAGUUCCUUCGAUAGAGCAGAAGGUUCUUGAUGCUACCAGCAAUGAACCUUGGGGUCCACAUGGAUCACUGCUUGCAGAUAUUGCGCAGGCAUCAAGAAAUUAUCAUGAAUACCAGAUGAUCAUGGCAGUUCUCUGGAAACGAAUUAAUGAUACUGGGAAGAAUUGGCGGCAUGUCUACAAGGCUUUGACUGUUUUGGAAUACCUGGUUGCUCAUGGAUCAGAGCGUGCCAUAGAUGAGAUUAGGGAACAUUCUUAUCAAAUAACGACAUUGUCAGAUUUCCAAUAUAUUGAUUCCAGCGGAAAGGACCAGGGUAACAAUGUCAGGAAGAAAUCCCAGAGCCUUGUGGUCCUGGUGAAUGAUAAAGAAAGGAUAGUUGAGGCUAGACAGAAGGCUGCUGCUAACAGGGACAAGUUUCGCAACGCAUCACCUGGUGGAAUGAAUAGACCUGGUUCUUAUGAUGAUGACGGUCGCUAUGGAAACAGGGAUGAAGAUCGAAAUGGAUAUGGUUAUGGCAAAGAAAGAGAAUACAAUUAUAGGGAUGAUGAACGGUAUGGUAAAUAUGGGGACUCGUAUGGUCGUGAUGGAGAUCAUAAUGGUGAAGAACGGUAUGGUAGGGAUGGAUAUAGGGAUGAUGACUAUCAGGGAAGAAGCCGAAGCAUUGAUGAUUACGGUUCAAGAAGCAGGAGCUCUGAUAGAGAUAGAGAUCAUGCUUUUGAUGAUGAUGGUCAAUCCUCUUCUCGUGGCGCUAGAGCUGAUGAUCAGUCUCAUGACGGAAGCAUUGCUAAGCGGCUUGAGCGAAAAUUUUCUGAGCAAAAUAUUAGUGGUCCACCCAGCUAUGAAGAAGCCUUAAGUGAAUCCCGAAGCCCUGCUCACAGUGAAAGGAAUGGAGAAGCUUUAGCAGUACCUGCUCCUGUAGCUUCUUCUCCACCAGCUCCUAGAUCUUUCUCUCCACCUGCUUUUAAUGCUGCUUCUCCACCUCCAAGCAAUCCUGGACAAGAAAACACUUUUUUUGCGACGCCUGCAUCUCCUGCAGACCAGGAAGUUGUGGUGGCUGAUGAAUUUGAUCCACGUGGUCCUAUUUCAGCUCCCCCUACUGCCACAUCUGUUCAAACUGCCUCUGCUUUCACUCCGACUUCGAACAAUGCUGAAAUGGACUUACUUGGCUCUUUAUCAGAUGUGUUUACUCCAAAUCCAUUAGCCAUCAUGCCAGUUACUUCUGCAACAACUACCUCUGAAGCUGAUUCUCAAACAAACUUUUCAGGAUCCAUGUUUGCUGCAACACAAUCACCAUCAAAUGUUAUGAAUCAGGCUUUUGAAGAUCCAUUUGGUGACUCUCCUUUCAAAGCUACUCCUACAGAUGCUUUCUCAGCUCAACAGCCCACUGCUUCUUCUGCCCCUUUCCAGCCUACCAUGAAUCAAAAUACAGAAAUGCCCAAUGCAGUAGCACCACCAAAUGGUGACACAUUCUCUGCCAUGACUUAUUCAGCACCCAAUGUUCAACCUCCUUCAACAAAUCCACACUUUUUGCCUCAAGAAAUGUCAAGUUCUCAUCCAGAAACUGAUAUUCUGGCAGACAUCCUCCCACCAUCUGGUCCAUCUGCUGUAGCUUCACAGGCAGGUUUUUCACUUCCAUCUGGCCAACAUCCACAGCCAGGUGCUAGUGUGUAUGGGAACUUCAAUUCACCACCAGGGAAUAUGGUAUUGCUGGCAGCUCCACACAUGGCUCCUCAGGGCCAGCAAUUAAGCAGUGCAAACUUCUUUACACAGGGAGGAUCCCCAGCUCCUAUCCAUUCCAACAUGUCUCUACAACCUCCGGCUGGGCCAGUGGUGCUGUUUAAUAAUGGAAACUUAGUUCCACAACAAGGUUCUACGGCUCCAGUUGUCUCACAAUUUUCUCAUCAUACACCGACUGGAUCAGCACCACAAUAUAACAGUGGAAACUUUCUCCCACAACAUGGCUCUACUUUCCCAGUCGCGUCACAAUUUACUUACCAAACUCCACCUGCUUCAUCUCCUCAACAUAAUGAUGUCCUGGGUAAUUUGUUUUCACAAGGGCCAAACACUUCCAUGGCUUCUCAGACAGCUCUUCCAUCUUCAACAGGGUCGCUUGCUAUAGUUCCUCAACCAUCCAAGGACAAAUUUGAGACUAAGUCAACAGUGUGGGCAGAUACUCUGAGUAGAGGGCUGGUCAAUUUGAAUAUUUCUGGACCUAAAACCAAUCCAUUAGCUGACAUUGGAGUCGAUUUUGAUGCCCUUAAUCGCAAGGAAAAGAGAAUGGAAAAACAGCCCAUGACUCCAGUUGUAUCUACUAUCACCAUGGGCAGAGCUAUGGGAUCUGGUACUGGGUUAGGCCGAGCUGGUGCAGGUGUUCUCAGGCCACCUCCAAACCCUACGAUUGGUUCUGGCAUGGGAAUGGGUGGGGGUGUGAAUAUGGGCAUGGGCAUGGGUAUGGGUGGUCCUGGUUCAGGCAUUGGCAUGGGAGGUUAUGGAGGAAUGCAACAACCCAUGGGUGGUGUGGGUAUGGGAGCAGGGAUGAAUGCGGGCAUGAAUAUGGGAAUGAUGCAAGGUGGCCAGAUGCCUCCUGGAUCGGCCAUGCCUGGUGGAUAUAACCCCAUGAUGGGCUCUGGUGGUUACCCGUCCCAACAACCCUAUGGUGGUGGAUAUCGAUGAGAUGGAGCUGCCUUGUUGAUGUGUUAGUAUACCUGCUGAUUUUACAAGGUAAAAGGGAUGGCAUCGCAAACCCAGUGUUACCAUUGCCAUGCUAUUUCUUGUUCCAAUGGAUGAUCUAAAGAUCUAUUUUUGAGCUCGAUGGUUGGAAUAUCCUGAUACGAAUCCUGCUGUGAUUAUGUGUAUUCAUCAUCCUUAUAUCUCACAUACUGGUUGAAUUAAUGUUCAUUUUGAGCCAGAAUAUAUUGAUUAGAUGCAUUGCUGAAUUUGUAAUACGGCGAAGAUAACCUUUCUCAGGCUGUCGUCACCCUUCUCCUCACAUGGAGUAUAUACUUUUUUGUACCUCAUCGGAGAUGAUUUAUACUGUUUGGAUACUGAAUGGUCAAUAAACCUGAAGAAUUCAUUUGUA